AUGACGACGACGACUCUUACCGCUCCUACCGCGACGACGACGACGCGUUUUGGCACAUCUGUUAAAAGUACCGCGAGAAGAUUGACUGUCGCUGAUGCUCGUUUACGUCGUCGUUUUGAGAUGAGAAAAGGAGUAGUCUUUCGUUCAUCAUCAUCAUCAUCAUCAUCGUCGUCACUCAGAAAUUAUGAUGAUGAUGAUGAAAGAACGCCGAGCACGUCGUACGACGACGACGAUUCAAGAAGAAGAAGAACAAAAAGAACGACAUCCAUCCUUCUCUCCUUAGCCACGGCGUUCUCGAUGGGAUUUGGAGCCCAAAUCGGGGACUUCUUUUCUGCUCGAGCGGAAUUUUUAGACGACAGCGUAAAAUCGGAGGUGACGGAUUUACGGGUGAAACAACUCGACGGGGUUGAUUUUUAUUCCAAGUCGGAGCACUCGAACGAAGACUUCUCAAACUUGGAUUUACGAGGGACGAUUUGGGUGGAAGCCGAGCUACGGAACACGAAUUUCUCAAAGUCAGACAUGCGAGGAGCAGUGAUGACGAGGUCGAUAAUGCCGAACGCGGACGUGCACGGGUCGGACGUUUCGAACGUGCUGUUCGAUUACGUUCUGUUGCGAGGCGCGAACUUUGAAGACGCGGUGGCAGUUGGGGCGAACUUUAUUCGGUCGGAUAUGGGCGAGAUGAAAAUUAAGAACGCGGAUUUUACCGAGGCAGUUAUCGAUCGGUACCAGGUGUUAGGUUUGUGCGAAACCGCGGAAGGGGUGAAUCCGUACACCGGAGUGGAUACGAGGAUGAGUUUGGGGUGCGAUUCUUUCGUCAAGAAGUACGAAGGGAGCGGGCAAGGAGGGAAAAUUGAAGUGAAAUGCAUCGGGAAGUGCGAAUAA